AUGCCUGCGAGUCCGAGGCCGUCGAAAGCAUCGAUCAUACCGCCGGAAGCGCAUUCGCCACGCUCGCCGCUUAUCGCACAUUUCGAAGAGCCCUCGGAAGCACAAGAUGAGCCACCUGACGAGUACCAAGCGCACGAUGCUGCCUAUGAAGACGAGGGCGACAUUCCUUACCCGGAACCCACGUCCGAGCAAACGCUGUUGCCGCCGCCGAACUUCAGACCCUUUUUCACAGUCGUAGACGAUACCUCGACAGGCGAACACUAUCAUCCCUUCGUCCACUAUGUCUUCGCCGACGACGACCCUGUCAUUGUGACCGCAGCGGCGAUGCGGAGUCUCGGUCUAGACGAUACAGAGUAUUUGCCGCAAUCGGAUCGACAACACAAGGAACACGGGCACGAUCAGAGUGAAAUGGAUGAUGACGAUCAGGAACCCCCCGUCGAAUCCCCACUACCACCGCCGUUACCUGCAACCAAGGAGCGCUUUGUCAUCAUCGAUGUCGCUGCCGACGGACAGACUAUCGUCGAUGCACAGUCCAUGUCACCAGAAUGGCAGAUCACAAACGCUUCGACUCGAAUCGCACCUUCGUUUGACGAGUCAUCGCCGGACUCCGGCUCUAUGCUGCGGAUAGAAGGCAUCGAGGUGCCUAAGCAGCGCAAGGGCAAAGGCAAGGGUCAGCCGGGAGAGUCUAAGCUCAUAGAAGCUAGAGAUCGGAGUCAAGGCGAUAUCUUUGGGGCGUUGGACAGCCUGAUAGCCGGUGUUGAAGGAAGCCUGGAAAUUGCCCGGAGCAUCUCGCAUCGACCAGAAGAUGUGCAUCAGUCGGAGCGGACUGUGAUACGCGCAGAAGAAGCUCCAGGGGCAGUGAUGCAAAGUCAACUACUUUGA